AUGGCUUCUACAUUCACUGUUUUCUGUCUCAUUUUCCUUCUGUCAACAACUACUUAUCUUAAUCCAGUUCUCGCAUGGCGUCCUACGCUGAUCGAAACUGACAAACUGUUCUGCAUCAAGUAUAGAGUGCAUGUCAUGAAUGGCCUAAGCAGCAAUGAGAACCCAUUAUUCAUCCAUUGCCAAUCAAGAGAUGAUAAUCUUGGCGAUCAUACACUGAAUGUUGGAGGAGAUUUCAAUUUCAAGUUUCGUAUUAAGUUCUUUGGACCAGAUUCUUGGUUCACUUGUGAAAUGAUGUGGGGAUCAAAGCAUCAACAUGUCGAUGUUUUCAGACAGAAAGUUGAAGGAAGUAUGUGCUGCGUUGAUGGUAAUAGUUGCUAUUGGCGAGCGCAAGAUGAUGGGAUCUAUUUUAGCACGGAUUAUACGGAAUGGAUUAAAAGAUAUGAUUGGCUGUAA